AUGGUUGAACAAAUUGAAGAAAUUACCUUGAUAAGAGAGAAAUUUGCUGCUCCAUUAGAUAUAAUAAAACUUAUGUUUUUUAUGGUUUUUGUAUCUCACAUUUUUGGUUGUGCAUGGCAUUAUAUUGGUCAGUACUAAAUUACAUAAGAUAUUGAUAAUUGUUGGUUAAUUAAAUAUAAUUUAGAUAAAUCUGAUUGGGCAACUAGAUAUGUGGCAUCUUUAUAUUUAGCUACUAUUACAGCAUUUACUGUAGGUUAUGGUGAUAUAGUUCCAUAGACUUCAUAUGAAUAAGCUUUUAUGAUUUUUAUGGUACUUGUUACAUCAUUGAUUUUUGGAUAUACUAUAUCUUCAAUAUAGACUAUAUUUGGAUAAUUAAGAGAGAAAACAGAUUUGCAUAGGAAUAAUAUGGCAAAAGUGAAUUCGUAUAUGAAAAAACAUAAAUUGAAUCCUUUAUUGUAAAUGAAAGUAAGAAAAUAUUUAGAUUAUUUUAUUGAUGUGGAUGAUAGUCCAGAGUAAUUAUUAGAUAAAUUGAAUGAUGAUUUGAAAUUAGAAUUGAAAUCUAAUAUUUAUGUGUAAGUGAUGAAGACAUGUUCAAUAUUUUCUAAAUUUUCUGAUUAAAGUUUAAAAUAAUUGAGUAAAGUAGUAAAAUCAUAAACAUUUAUUCCAGGUUCAAUGAUAUUUUAAUAGGGAGAAUUAAUAAAUGAUGCAAGCUUUAUUGUUAAAGGUGUUGUUGAAUUCAAUAUCAACAAAGUAUCAAUUGCAACCUAAUACAAAGGAUCAUUAGGAUCAAAAGAAUUUAUAGCAUAAAGAUAAGUACACUAUAAUGCAAAAGCUAUAUAAUUCACUGAAGUAGCAUAUAUUACAUAGUAAGAUUUUUUAAAUGUUUUAAAAUCAGAUUAAAGCAGUUAUGAAUAAUAUUGCAAUUUAAGAGAUGAAAUAAUAUUUAAUUUAAUACCUAUUUAAUGUUUAAUUUGUAGACGUACUCAUGAAUUAAUGAAUUGUCCUGUUGUAUUUUAUAAACCAUUAUCAUCAAAAAUAUCAUAAGACAAAAGUUUAAAUGUAAUUUUGGAUAGACAUCCUCAUACAAGAAGAAAAUAAUUAAAAUCAAAAGCAAUAACAAGAAUUUAAGAAACAAUUGAAUAUGCUUUAGAGGCAGCAUUCGAUAAUGGUAUAAUUUAAGAUGAAGUGAAUGAAGAUUUCUUGAUGAAAUGUGGAUAUAGAGAUAAAAAAUAAGGAUAAAUAAAUCCUAGUCAUAGUUCUUAAAUUGAAACUGGUAAAUAAUAAUAAUAAUAGUAAUAAUAAAUGGAUUUAUUAAAACCACCAAAAGUUUAUAAAAAGAUAUUUUUAUCAAGUGAAUAUAAUUAAUCAGAAUAUGCUUAAAAUGAGGAUGAAAAAUAAUUAGAAUAGAUUCAUAAAGACUUUUUAACUUUUAAGAAAGAAGAAAUAGAAGGGAUUGAUAAAAAUGAAGAAUUGUUAUGUUAUAGAUAAAAAGAGAAUCUAAGUUACAUUCUAAAUAGUUUAAAAGGGAAUAGAUAUAAAUAAGAGAAUACAAGAAUAACUCGAAUGAAAACUUAUAAGUUUAAAUCAUUUCUUAAGUUUGGGUUUAAGUGA